AUGCCCAAAUCAAAACGCCCCUCCAGCGCGUCCGCCUCGCCAAUGGGCCGCCUACUAGGCAUCCUUGCCGUGUUGACCGGCCUCCUAGCAUCAAUGGUGUACCUCGCGGAAAGGAACCUCGACAAAUUCUACAUCUUUGACCUAGAUGAGCUGCAUGACGUGUCGAAGCGAGGCGUCGCGAAAUACGGCAACGACACGCGAGCCGUGGUGAAGUACAUUGUGGACGACUUGCACAAGACGCACGGGGCGCACAUCAACCUCCAAGAGGAAUGGGUGUUUAACAAUGCAGGCGGCGCAAUGGGCGCAAUGUACAUUUUACAUGCUAGUAUAACCGAGUAUCUCAUCAUUUUCGGAACGGCCAUCGGCACAGAAGGCCAUACGGGCCGCCACACGGCGGACGACUACUUCCACAUCCUGGUCGGCGAGGAGUGGGCGUACGUGCCGGGCGAGUAUGAGCCGGAGGUGUAUCCGCCGGGGAGUGUGCACCACCUGCGGCGCGGGGAGGUGAAGCAGUACAGGAUGCCGGACAAGUGCUUCGCAUUGGAGUAUGCGCGGGGUUGGAUUCCGCCGAUGCUGUUCUUCGGGUUUGCGGAUGGGUUGUUUAGCACGUUGGAUUAUCCGACGCUGUGGAGGACGACGGACUUGACGGCGAGGCAGAUGGUGGGGAAUUUGUUGAGGGGGAAGUUUUAG